CAGAAUUUAAAGACAUUACAAGCAAAUCGCAUAAUAUUGUGACAGAUAUUGUUACAGAUUCGUGUUAUGAUGAAUUAUGUAUAAAGAAUAACACGUAUGAUUUAGUCAUUCAAAAAUGCAAACUAAUAUUCCCUAUAAUAUGAUUUGGUUGUUUUAGUUUCAAAUGCCUGUCAAAACGUGAAGAGGUGUUUAAUGAAACAUUAACAAAAAGUGGAGGCGCUGAUCAUCUCUUGGCUAAUGUACUAGUAGUAAAGCGGUGGACAGUUGACGAAUUGAGGCAAAGUCCUUAUGCAGUGAAUAAAGAAGACUUUUUGAAUCGACAAGAAAUAUCUAGUCGCCAAGAAAAGUCAAAGUUAAUUGAAGAUUUAUGCUCGUUUUUAGAAAAAGCCAUUACUGAUGCAGGAUUUCCUCUUAGUGGUGAUAAAAUCCUGCACACGCAAUGUGCCGUGAAAACGUUAUCAAAUAAGCUGGAAGAUCAGCCGUAUUUUCAUGCUGUCCUUCCUCGCGGGGACGCUGUUCAAGAACUAACAAAUACAGGAGAUUUUCUGGUACGACGUAAUGAACUUGAUCAAAUAGUACUGUCAAUGCUAUGGACAAAUGACAGAAAUCCACAUUUACUAGAGGAUCGCCAUUUCAUUAUACAUAAAAUUGAUAACGUAGGUUGGUUUUAA